AUGCUGGCUUCCGAUGCGACCCGCGAGUUGAUGCGCAAGCGUAACCAGAUGAUGUCCGAUUUCGUGGCCUGGCGGGAGAAACUUCUCAACCGCUACAGGGCUGAUAAACCCAAACGCGACGCUCUACGUGGCUUCGACACCAACAAACAGGAGGUAGAUAUGGAUACGGAGGAAUUGGAAUUCCUGGUGAGCACCUCCCGUGAACCUUAUCGGCCGAAGGGUUAA